AUGGCUCAGAGGUCGUUUGCUUCUAAAUUAUCAACAUAUUCUGCAGCGGAAGUAAGAAAAGCUGUUCAAACGGAUCAAAUCAUUUCAACUAGCAACUCAUUUUGCUCAUCCUCAAUAUCUUUGAAUGAUUUAGUCGACAGCCUAGACUUUGAAGAAUUUUUACAGCAAAAAACAUCAUCCCUUAUAUUCCGUGACCCGUUAAAAAAUUUACUUGAAUUUCCUCAAAAUGAUGUCUGUAUCAAGACAACACCUAGGAAAAUUCGAACUGAGAAGUAUGUCUUACCGGAAGAAUUUGAAACGAAUAAGGAAGAUCUUCCAAUGCAUAUAACUGAUUGCUUAAAAGCAUACACGAAAGCUUUCAAUUAUAUAAAAUUUUCUUGUCGUGAUGAAAUGUACCGCGAUAGAUAUGAAAGGAAAAUUGAUCCUCUUUCAUAUCAUCAUCAAGAGUAUGAAAUUGACAAUUCCAUGAGUUUCAUAUCUGGAAUGGAUGAUUCAACCUUAGUUAUGACUGGAAGUUGUGCAAGUUUGAUAUCAUCAACAAAUACAGAUAAUACAUUAACGCCUUCAUGUCGUGGAUCUUGGAUAUCAGGCGGUGAUAUUGAAGAAUGUAAUAAUUUAAGAUCAGUCGUGUCAGAUCCUUUAAUACCGAUUCUUGAGAAAGUUCCAAUUGAAAGCAUUGAUAAUGAGAAUGAAAAAAAUCGCCAAAAGAAUCGCCUUCGAGAUGUAUUUUCUCAAAUUGUUGAAGAUGAUGACUAUAUUGAAAGACGAGUACCAGCAGAAAUUCCAAUGGAACAUAUGGGACAUAGAUUCAUGGUCAAAUUUUUACAGAUGAAAUUUGAAAUAGAAAUAGAACCAAUAUUUUGUUGCGCUGCAAUUUAUGAUGCCAAAGAAAAGAGAAAGAUAUCUGAAAAUUUCUACUUUGAUAUGAAUACUGAAAGUAUUAAACGAAUGUUGAAUUCCCAUAUACAAUAUGCUGAUGUUAGUACCCAAAGUCGAUCAGCAAUUUUUGAAGUCAGUCAUCCAUCAAACGAUCUUUUUCUUGUAAUUCGUUUGGAAAAAGUACUACAAGGCGAUAUAAAAGAGUCAGUUGAGCCAUAUCUUAAGGAAUUUUCCAAUGUUGAUAAAGCAAAACUUAAUGCAAUCGACUAUACAGAAAGAUUAGGAAAAUAUCGAGCGCCUUUUGCAUUCACUGCGAUAUAUUUGAAUAAUAUAUUUAAAGGAGAAAGCGAAAAGGAAGACAGAGAAAGCAUUCAAUCGACAAAUGCAAGUUCAAAUAGUUUAGAUCGAAAAAGCAUAAAUAGUUUUGAUCAGUUCAAAAAACGUGCUAGUGAAACUGUAACCACGACAUUGUCCAGAAGAGGAUCAUUGGAAAGAAGAGAGAGCCAAAGACGCUCGUGGUCUCCAUUUGAAGAUUUUGCAAACUCGGUUGAAAGUUUUAAGCCAAUUUCAAUUACAAUAUCAAGCUUUUUUAAGCAAGAACCAGAAAAAAUGAAAGAUGAAGAUCUUUAUAAAUUUCUUCCGGAAUUAAAAAGACCUGGAAGUACAGUAAUGAAAAAAUAUAAAUGUAUUCCUGGAUCCAUUAAAUUAGAAGUAUCGCCAUUUGUUGAAGGAGAAGUAAAAAAUGCAUUAUCAUCGGAACUGGCUAAAAUCAGUCCAUAUAAUGAUAGCGAAAAGAAUUUACGACCAACAAAAGAAAUUUUGGAAUUUCCAGUUAUUCCCAUCUACAAUACUCAUUAUUCCUAUCGAAACUUAUUAUUUAUAAGCCCUAAAGAAUUAAACUUCUCAACAAGAACAGGCUCAGUACGUAAUAUUGCUAUUAGAAUGCAAAUUAUGGCUGGAGAAAAGCCAUCGGAUGCUUUGAAUGUAAUUUUUGGAAAGAGUUCAUGUCCGCAAUUUCAAAACGAAAUUUAUAGCUCAGUCAAUUAUCAUAGUAAAGUGCCAUCUUUCUAUGAUGAGGUAAAGGUACAACUACCAGCAAGUUUAAAUCAAAAUCAUCACAUCCUUUUUACAAUCUUCCAUGUCUCAUGUCGUUCUGAUAAAACAACAGAUUCGAUAGAAACGCCUGUUGGAUGGACCUGGAUACCUCUUUUGGUUGAAGGCCGUUUAAAUGUUGGAGAAUUCAAUCUACCGAUUUUAUUACAUGAUCCUCCACCGUCUUAUUCGUAUAUAUCACCCGAUGUUAAUUUGCCUGGACUAAGAUGGUGUGAUAAUCAUAAAUCACUCUUUACAGUUGUACUGGAUGCAUAUUCUACAAUUUAUACUGAUGAUCAAUAUUUGUGCAAAUUCUUUUACCUUGUGCAGUGCUUAAAGAACAAAAAAAUUGAUACACAUAUUGGAACUGAAUCGAAUUUUGAAAAAGAGUUGAAGAAAUCAUUUCACGAUCUUCAAAGUGCAGACUUGAAUGCUCUAGUCAAAAAUCUUCAAUUAGUUAUGGACAAAUUAAUUGACCUUUUAGUAACAAGCUUUAAAAUUGGAAAUCACGUCAUGUCAAUUCAAUCGAAUGUAUUUGAAUCAAUUUGCCUUAUUGCUGAUAAACUUUUUGAAUUACAAGAUACUCAAAAUUAUGGUCGUCAAGCCAUUUUAACAACCUACGUUCAAUAUCAAUGCACAAUUCCACAACCAACAGAAAAACAGCCAACGUUUGUUGAGGAAAGUGACUCAUCUGAGCAGACACGACAUUUGCACGAAGAAAUUGCUCUUCAUUGGGUAGUUGCAAAUAAUGCUGCAGCCGAAUUAAGUCUGACAAAUUCAUGGUUUCUUUUUGAAUUAAUAAUUAAGAGCAUGAUUGAAUAUUUGGACAGUUCACAUCAAUUAAAUGCACCGAGAAAGAAUCGAUUCUCUCGACAAUUUACGGAUGAUAUACAAACAUUAGUUCAAAUGAUUGCAUCAAAAAUUUUUGGAUAUCAUUUUUCAGACAAGAAUUUGGCAUUCAGCUUAAAUAAUAGCUUAGCAUUUUUUGUUUAUGACUUAUUUUCAAUACUCGAUAGAGGAUUUGUAUUUCAACUUAUUAAAAAUUUCCUCAAAAUUAUUACAACAAAAAGUUCAUCAAGCUCACCAGAAGUCAAUCAUUAUAAACUUGAUUUUCUUCGAAUUGUGUGCAGUCAUGAGCAUUUUAUAGCCCUUAAUUUACCCUUUGGAACUCCAUUUACAUAUAAUAUAUCUGCACCAGCAUCUCCGACAUUAAGCAUAAAGUCUGGAACUAGUCAACAUUCUGGAUCAACCAAUCAAGAUAAAUUCGCUUUUGCAGACCUAACAGCUGAUUUCAGACAGCAACAUUUUCUCAUUGGCCUCAUUCUUGUCGAAAUAUCACAAACUUUUGAAUCACCGAAUCAAGCACUUCAUGGACGUGCUAUAAGAUGUAUCAAAAACUUGAUGACUUCACAUGAAAUUGACUCGAGAUACAGUUCAAUUGAGGCAAGAUCUCGCAUAGCUGCUCUCUAUUUGCCACUCUUAAAUAUUGUCAUGAAUGCUCCUUUAUUCAUCUUUGAUCAAGAACAUUAUUUAUUGGAUGAUUAUCAAGGACCAACCAUUGCAACUGCAAUCAUUAAUCCAGACAUUUUUAAUGCAAUUUCUGGAAGCAGAUUGUAUACAGUUAAUCAAGAAACAGCGAAAACAACAAAAGUACAAUUAAGUGAGGCUCAUACUAAGGAUCUUCUUCAUUGCUUUCUUUGGAUUAUUAAGAAUUUGGAAAGUUCUGUGCUUUUAAAGUUUAUAAGUUUUCUACCACCACAAAGAGUUCAUUCAUUCCUUCAAGUAUUAAAUAACUGUAUACCAUGCUUUGAGUAUAAAGGACAAGCAAUUAAACCGGAACCAAAUUUAUCACAGAGAAAAAGUCAAAGUUUUCGUAAGACAUCUGAUAUGAAAGAGAAAUUGGAAGAUAUAAUUCGAGGAACUGGAUCUGCUCGCAAUGACUUGAUUAAUCGAAGAAAAGAUGGAAAUAUUAAUGAAAAGUUUCGAUUCCGUAAAGAUCAAAUGUUUUAUAGGACAUCAUUGCAAGGUCAGGAUGCUAAUAAUCCUCAACCUAAAUAUGAAGAUGCUGACUCAAUGUUUUACAUUGCUGGUUCAUUAUCGACAGAAAUAACAUUAAUAAUACUAGAUGCAUUAGAAAUUAUAAUACAAGUAGCAUCAUCAUCCGAAGUUCACAACAAUCUACUUGGAUCAGUUUUAAAACUUCUUCUGCAUGCUUUAUCACGAACACAAUCGUUAAACGCUUUAAUCAACUUGUUCGGUUCUCAAAGGUCAUUUGUGAAUAAAUUUCAUAAUUUAUUAUUUGACGAAGAGAGUGAUAAUUGCGCAGAUUUAUGCUUGAUAUUAUUAAAACAUUGUGGAUCCUCAAUAUCGACAAUUCGCUCACAAGCAUCUGGAUCUUUGUAUUGCUUAAUGCGUCAAAACUUUGAAUUUUAUGGAAAUAACUUUUCACGUGUCAAAAUGCUAAUCACUAUUUCUCUUUCAUCUCUUGUUGGCGGAUCCUCAUUUGAAAAGACUUUUAAUGAAGUAUCCUUACGUCGAUCAUUAAAAACGAUAUUGGUCUAUGCUGAUGAAGAACAUCAGGAUUUACAAAUUACUUCAUUUCCAGAACAAGUCAAAGAUCUGCUUUUUAAUUUACACAUGAUUCUGUCAGACACUGUCAAAAUGAAGGAAUAUAAAGAAGAUCAUGAAAUGCUCUUAGAUUUAAUGAACAGAAUUGCAAAGGGUUAUCAAAAUUCUCCAGAUUUACGUCUGACUUGGCUUGAAAAUAUGUCUAAGAAGCAUAUUGAAAAAUCCAACUAUACCGAAUGUGCGAUGUGUUUAAUUACCAUGGCGGCACUUGUUAGCGAAUAUUUACACAUGUUGGAAUCUCAAACUUAUCUUCCUGUUGGUGCUGUGUCGUUCAGAUUAAUUUCACCAAAUGUUCUUUCGGAAUCUGCUGUGAGUGAUGAUGUUGUUCAGCCUGGUGAGGAUGGAAUGUGCUUGGGAAAUCGAUUUACGGAAAUCGGACUUAAAAAUUUACUUGAAGCUGCUGCUGAGAAGUUUCAAAUUGCUGGAAUGUACGAAGCUAUGAAUAAUGUCUAUAAAAUAUUGAUUCCUAUUUUAGAGCAUUCAAAAGAAUUCCAAAAGUUGGCCAAAGUUCAUGGAAAAUUACAGGAAGCUUUCAAUCGAGUUUCACAGUUGAAUGGAAAGAGAGUUUUUGCCACAUAUUUUCGUGUUGGAUUUUAUGGAUCAAAACUUGGCGAUCUGGAUCAAUUGGAAUUUAUUUAUAAGGAACCACCAUUUACUAAACUUCCAGAAAUAUUUAAUCGACUUCAGAUGUUUUAUGAAGGACGUUUUGGAAGUGAAAUUGUUGUCAUCAUUAAAGAUUCAAAUCCAGUAGAUGUUUCUCAAUUGGAUCCUGAAAAAAUUUACAUCCAAAUUACCUUUGUUGAGCCAUACUUUGAAGCCUUCGAAUUAAGACAACGUGAAACUCAUUUUGAACGUAAUUUUAACAUAAAUCGUUUCAUAUUUUCAACUCCAUUUACAAAGGCUGGCAAGGCACAUGGUGAAUUACACGAGCAGUACAAAAGAAAAACAAUUUUAACUACUGCCAAUCAUUUUCCAUCUUUGAAAACAAGACUUCAAGUAAUAUCUAGACAAACUAUAAUUUUAGAACCGAUUGAAGUAGCGAUAGAAGAUAUUCAGAAAAAAACGUGUGAACUGGCUGCGGCUACAACUCAAGAACCAGCAGAUCCCAAAAUACUUCAAAUGGUUUUACAAGGAUGUAUUGGAACUACUGUCAAUCAAGGUCCGAUGGAAAUGGCAAUGGUGUUUUUGUCAGGAAUAGCUGAUGGACAAAUAGAAAUCACAAAGGAACAAAAUAAACUUCGAUUAUGCUUCAAGGAUUUCUCCAAAAAAUGCAAUGACGCAUUAAAGAAGAACAAGAACUUGAUUACAUCAGAACAAAAAGAAUAUCAGCGUGAAAUAGAGAGAAAUUAUUUAAAAUUCACUGAAAGGCUUAACCCAUUGAUUAAUAUUAGUCGAGCACAAACUAUUAAUAUAAAUGCAAAAAAUAACAAGUCUUAUUUACGCUGGUAA